AUGCCCAGGAAUCUGGCAUGGUAUGACCAGGAUGGAGAGCCCACGAUACACAAUCCGUUCAAGAAAUUCCGGAGAAGCCCCCGACGGUCAAAUUCGAUUCAACUUGAGAGUCGGUUAGCACCAGCUCGCACUGCUGAUGCAGAGAGCCUUGCGGAUGAACAACGGCGCAACAGGGAAUUAAGAGAAGGGCUAGGUGGUCCCAUCCAUCCAGAUACAUACCCACCACCAACAGGGAUGACUGCAGGCUCUACGGCUCGAACUAACAGUAUGGACAAACCCGAUCCGUCAAUGAGCAGCAAUACGCCGAUCAACGUUACACCCCGUGGCCACGACGGCAUCGAAUCAGACGGAAAACCUCGGAAGCGAAAAUUUCUGGGGAUGGCAAAUCAUUCGGACGGAGAUGAUAGAGAACCCCCGGAGGAUGAGCCAGAUAAACAGAGAUUCACCGCUGUGGGACAAUUCAAGGCAACUGUUUUGAAUUCAUGGAUCAAUAUCCUUCUUCUUGCUGCUCCGGUUGGAAUUGCGCUGAACUAUGUCAAAGUCGACCCAGUGGCUGUUUUCGUGGUCAACUUUAUUGCCAUCAUCCCGUUAGCUGCCAUGCUUAGUUUUGCGACGGAGGAGAUUGCACUACGUACCGGAGAAACAAUUGGCGGUUUACUCAAUGCGACUUUCGGAAAUGCCGUCGAGUUAAUUGUCGCCAUCAUUGCCUUGAUCGAUGAUGAGGUGCUCAUUGUGCAGACAUCCCUGAUCGGCAGUAUGCUGUCCAACCUCCUCUUGGUCAUGGGCAUGUGCUUUUUCUUCGGUGGUCUCAACCGCCUGGAGCAACACUUCAACCCAGUGGUCGCGCAAACGGCAGCCAGUCUUCUUUCUCUGGCUGUAGGGUGCUUAAUCAUUCCCACGGCAUUCCAUGCCUGGUCUGGAGCGGACGAUGAAACAAAAGUCGUACCACUGUCCAGAGGCACCAGUGUGAUCAUGCUGAUCAUCUACGGAUGCUACCUCUACUUCCAGCUCAAGUCACACACGGAGAUCUACAACGCCCCAAGCCAGAAGGCCGAGAAGAUACGACAGAAGGUAUCAGUGGGUGAUGCCAGCAGAGGCAUUGCCCAGAUCGGUCAUAUGUCGGCGGCUUUGGCAGGCUCGGACAAGCCGUCUUUUCAGAACCCCGAUGACGCGGAGGAGGAACCCCAGCUUCAUAUCUGGGUUGCUGUUCUAACACUGGCCAUCUCUACGGCGUUUGUCGCCUUGUGUGCUGAAUACAUGGUGAACUCAAUCGACGCGCUGACCGAACGUGGUGGCGUCUCCAAAACAUUUGUCGGGUUAAUUUUGCUCCCGAUUGUAGGCAAUGCGGCCGAGCACGCCACAGCAGUGACCGUGGCGAUCAAGGAUAAGAUGGACUUGGCCAUUGGAGUUGCAGUGGGAUCGAGUAUGCAGAUUGCAUUGUUGGUGCUUCCGCUCAUUGUCGUGAUCGGCUGGAUUAUGGGAAAUGAUGAUAUGGUAAACUACCUCAUCGGAGACGGCAAAUCGCAUUGGCUCGAAGGCGUCAUGUUGAUGAUGAUGUACGUGAUAAUCUCUGUGGCCGCCUGGUAA